UCCGCCUCUAAUUUCCUCGCGUUGCACCUAGCCAUGACAGCACUGACCUAAGAGAUGUUAGUGGCUUUUGUGGCCUUCCUCACCUUUCCCAUUGUUGUGCUCUUCUUCGGCAGCUAUGCCCUUCCUCUGCAGGGGCGGAGACAGGGGUCGGGCAGGGGCUUGGCCCCCCUAAUCAAGGCGGCGAUCAAGCCAAGUCACACUACAUCCAACAGGAGGCCUGAUGAGAAGCAAACGGGCUCUGACCUCACGCUGUUGAUCGGCCUGUGGGAGGACGCGAGCAGCGACGCCGACGGCUCGAGAGCACGAUCAGCGAGGAGCUCCCGGCUCCGGCAGACGGUGUUCGCCGUGUCGCCACCGUGAAGGAGGAGGAGAGCAAGCCAGCGCUGAACCUGGAUUUGACCAUCUCGUCGUCUUGGCUGGCGUGACGCCGGCCGGCCGGCACACUCACGUAACGCUCGUGUACAGUUGUACGGACACAUGCAGAGAUUGUGUGAUCAGGCUUCACAGUAGAGCUAGUAGCAGAGAUUGUGGCAUGGUAGUCCUGAUAGGUCUCUCGGAUUUUCGUGCCAUCCCCUUCGCCACUCCGAUCCGUUCCAGACUUCCAGUAUUUUCUUUUUUAAAGAUCUGUAUAAAGGGUUUGUUCGAUUAGGAAUUGGGGCUUCAGGGCCGGGGUCUUCAGACGACGAUGGGUGAGGAAUUUCUUCUUUCUCCUCGGGAGAAGGCGCUGUAUACCUGAAUUCCUCACCUGUCAUCGUCUAAAAUGUUCUAUUU